AUAAAAAAGAGUGAGGAUGCUCCAGUAGAGAGGGUAUAUAUAGAGAUUUCACUAAGAUCCGUAAUUUGUUUAUAUCUUGUAUUCAUCGUUGUCUGUGAAAGAAGUAGUAGCGUCAUGAAGAUUUUGAUUGUUUCCGCAUUGGUGCUUGGUGUAGCCGUUGCCCAACCACAGAGGCGGCCUCAUUCAUACUACGACGAGUCUCAACGAGAAAUCCAAAAAAAUCAGGAUUACCAACCACACUCCGAUCAACAAUACCAAAAGAACUCAGUACAAGACAACUCCGCUCAAAAUUAUCAACAGACUAAGGAAUCCAACCAAUAUCAAGACAACCAAGUCCGUUCCAAGCACGAAAGUACGACUUUUAUUCCGAUUAUUAGAUUCGAUAAAGAACAAUCCGAGGAUGGAAGUUACAAAGCAUCUUACGAAACGGGAAACAAUAUAAUCGCCGAAGAAGAAGGCUACCUGAAGAACCUUGGACCGGAUCCAAAUGCUGAGGGCGAAACACUCAAAUCCCAAGUACAAACUGGUUCUUUCAGUUACACGUCACCUGAAGGAAUUCUUAUCAACGUCAAAUACAUAGCCGAUGAAAGUGGCUUCCACGCGACCGGUGAUCACUUACCAACCCCACCACCAGUCAGUCCCGAGGUUCAAAAGGGAUUGGAACUGAUCUUCGCUGGAAUCAGAGCUCAAGAGGAAGAAGAUGCUCGUCAUCUGAAAGACAACCCACAAGAUAUUGGAAAGAGACCAGAAUACGAUGAUGGCCAAUAUCGCCAAUAA